AUUCCACAGAUUUAAAGCAAACAACAAAAGAAAAUAUAUGUUCAUAUACUAUGUAACUUGACCUUCACUACAAGAAACCUCAGUCAUAAAUACACAUAUUGGCUCCAAAACAACAACACUUCACAUGAAGAGCUAAUUAUAAACAAAACAUUCAAACAAAAAUUGUCCAUAAAUUAAAGUUGUUUAAAGACUCACAUGGAUCAACAAGGAGUAGUCAAGAGAAGACUAGCCGUUCUCGUCGGCUGCAACUACCCCAACACAAGGAACGAGCUCCACGGCUGCGUCAACGACGUUUUAGCCAUGAAAGAAACACUUUCGACACGUUUCGGAUUCAAACAAGACGACAUGGAGGUGCUAACGGACGAGCCAGAGUCAAAGGUAAAGCCCACUGGAGCCAACAUCAAGGCCGCUUUACGUAGGAUGGUGGAAAAAGCUCAAAAUGGAUCUGGUGGAGACGUCUUGUUCUUCCACUAUAGUGGCCAUGGAACUCGGAUUCCGUCCGUUAAACCUGCUCAUCCUUUUAGACAAGACGAAGCUAUUGUUCCUUGUGAUUUCAACCUCAUCACAGAUGUUGAUUUCAGAGAAUUGGUUAAUCAACUUCCUAAGGGAACGAGCUUUACCAUGAUCUCAGAUUCUUGCCAUAGUGGUGGUCUCAUUGACAAGGAGAAAGAACAAAUAGGACCAUUCUCCUCUAGCAAUAGAUCUCCGGCCAUGGAGACAACAACAACAUUGCGUGCCUUGCCAUUCAAGGAAGUCCUCGACCACUUGAGUUCUCUCACCGGAAUCUUAACUUCUGACAUCGGUACACACCUACUCGAGCUCUUUGGUGGCGACGCUGGUCUAAAGUUCAGGCUACCGACUAUUGAUUUGAUGGAUCUUUUGGAGAAAAUGACUUUGCGUGAAAGGCACGUUGACUCCGGGAUAUUGCUGAGCGGGUGUCAGGCGGAUGAAACGUCAGCUGAUGUAGGUGGGGGUGGCGGGAAGGCGUAUGGAGCGUUUAGCAACGCGAUUCAGACGGUGCUGAAGGAGAACGAAUGUGCCUUGAAGAACAAGGAACUAGUGAUGAUGGCUAGGGAAGUGCUUGAGAGACUAGGGUUCCAGCAACACCCUUGUCUUUACUGCAGCGAUCAGAACGCUGACGCAACGUUCCUGUCUCAACCUUGAUGUGAAUCACGCGAUUAUAUCUCGUUGUUUCCUUUUAUUUGAAUGUGUAUUUUCAAAAUAUCUUUUGUGUUUAGCCCCAUAAUUAAACAGUAAUAACAAUGUUCAAGAACUAGACUUAAAGAAGUA